UCGUUUGUUUUUGAAAGAGGUCAAAAAAACAUGGCGUCCGUCAUUCGAUCGUGUACAUCGGGCCUGCCAAGCCGACUGUUUUUUAAUGUUUUAAAUUAUAAAUAUGGUGCUUCAUUAAUAUCUUUCAGGAAGAAAACUUGGUAUCCUGAUGCAGAAUUUUUCGAACAAUUUGAAGGUCCUGUUAUGUACCCAGAAAAUUUUACUGGAGUAAAAUGGAGUCCUAUUUUAUAUAAAGAACGAGUUCCACCUGUGGAAAAGAAAAUUCAGAAUAUGAUUUUGAAUUUCGGACCCCAACAUCCUGCAGCUCAUGGAGUGUUGCGUUUGCUACUCGAGUUAGAUGGAGAAACUGUUAUUCGAGCUGAUCCACAUAUUGGUUUGCUACACAGAGGAACAGAAAAACUUAUAGAAUACAAGACUUAUUUGCAAGCCCUCCCUUAUUUUGAUCGCCUUGAUUAUGUAUCAAUGAUGUGCAAUGAACAGUGUUAUUCUUUAGCUGUGGAAAAACUUUUAAAUCUUGAAGUUCCAAAAAGAGCAAAAUAUAUUAGAGUUCUAUUUGCUGAAAUCACUCGAAUUUUGAACCAUAUUAUGGCUGUUGGUACACAUGCUUUAGAUGUUGGUGCUUUGACUCCAUUCUUUUGGUUGUUUGAAGAACGUGAAAAACUAAUGGAAUUUUAUGAACGGGUAUCUGGUGCACGUAUGCAUGCUGCAUAUGUAAGACCUGGUGGUGUUAGUCAAGAUCUUCCUAUUGGACUGCUUGAUGAUAUUUAUGAAUGGUUGGAAAAAUUUGGACAAAGAGUUGAUGAAAUGGAAGAUCUACUGACAAAUAAUCGAAUAUGGCGGGAAAGAACUAUUGAUAUUGGUAUUGUGUCUUCAGAAGAUGCCUUAAAUUAUGGUUUCAGUGGUGUUAUGCUAAGAGGAUCUGGUAUUAAAUGGGAUCUUAGAAAGACUCAACCUUAUGACGGUUAUGAAGAUUUUGAGUUUGAUAUUCCUAUCGGCAUAAAAGGAGACUGUUACGACAGGUAUCUGUGCCGUGUAGAAGAAAUGAGGCAAAGUAUGAGAAUAAUUUAUCAGUGCAUUAAUAAUAUGCCCCCGGGUGAAAUCAAAGUAGAUGAUCAUAAAGUUGUUCCGCCUAAAAGAAGUGAAAUGAAGACUUCCAUGGAAGCUUUAAUACACCAUUUCAAAAUUUUCACACAAGGCUAUCCUGUACCUCCAGGAGCAACUUAUACAGCUAUUGAAGCUCCUAAGGGUGAGUUUGGAGUUUAUUUAGUAUCUGAUGGAGGUAGUCGACCAUAUCGUUGUAAAAUUAAAGCACCGGGAUUUGCUCAUUUGGCUGGCUUAGAUCACAUUGGUAAACGUCACAUGCUAGCAGACAUAGUAGCUAUAAUUGGUACUCUUGAUGUUGUUUUUGGUGAAAUAGAUCGUUAGUGCAUUUUAUUAAGUCAAACUGAAGAAAUAAUUUGUACAUAAUUAUGUAUAAAACUUAAAGUAUGGAUUUAUUUGUUGUUAUUUUAAAGAAUAAAAUUUGAAACAAUGUA